UCAGAUAUUCUUUGCCAAGCCGCCAAAGUGGAGAGUGUCGUUGCACCAGGGGGUCCUUCUCGUUUCAGUGUAGGGGGAGGAGGUGGGGGUGCACCUCAGCACUAUCCCAAGACUGUCGGCAACAGCGAGUUCCUGGGGAAAACCCCAGGUUCUAGCGUUCAGAGAUGGGUACCUUCUCGAAGCACUAGACGAGAUGCCAACUCCUCCAACGAGAAAGGCCAGAAUGAUUCGAUCUUCAGGAAAGUGAGAGGCAUACUUAAUAAGUUGACUCCUGAGAAGUUUGACAAACUAUGCCUGGAGCUCCUCAAUGUGGGUGUAGAUUCAAAACUUGUGUUAAAAGGAACCAUCUUGUUGAUUGUUGACAAAGCCCUCGAAGAGCCCAAGUAUAGCCAGUUAUACGCUCAACUGUGUCUACGCUUGGCAGAGGAUGCACCCAACUUUGAAGGUCCAUCAACAGAAAAUCAAGCAACACAAAAGCAGAAUACUACCUUCAGACGGCUUCUGAUUUCUAAGCUUCAAGAUGAGUUUGAGAAUCGUGCCAGGAAUGUUGAAAUCUUUGAAAAAAAUGACGGCCCUCUCACCUCCGAGGAGGAGGAGCAGCGUGCUAUUGCAAAGAUCAAGAUGCUGGGCAACAUCAAAUUCAUUGGUGAACUUGGCAAACUCAACCUUAUCCAUGAAUCUAUCCUCCAUAAGUGCAUCAAAACACUUUUGGAGAAGAAGAAGAGAGUCCAACUUAAGGAUAUGGGUGAAGAUUUGGAAUGCCUCUGUCAGAUAAUGAAAACAGUGGGACCUAAGCUUGAUCAUGACAAGGCUAAGUCUUUAAUGGAUCAGUACUUUGGCCGCAUGCGAUCCUUAACGAACAACAAGGAAUUGCCAGCAAGGAUCCGUUUCCUGCUGCAGAACACGGUGGAGCUGCGAGACAACAACUGGGUGCCUCGCAAAGCUUACGUUGACAACGGACCAAAGACUAUCAACCAAGUUCGUCAGGAUGCGGUGAAGGAUUUGGGUGUUUUCAUUCCACCUCCAAGUGAUGCAAUGAGGAAUGACUUCUUCAUGGACAACUCUUUCCUUCCAACAAGAGUGAAAUACGACAGGGAGACUCUCGGUGGGCUGGCUGAUAUGUUUGGACAAAUGCCUGGAAGUGGCAUUGGUACAGGUCCAGGGGUCAUUCAGGACCACUAUUCUCCUACCAUGGGUCGUCACCGUGCAAACCCCAUCUUUAAUGGCCAUAUUGGAAACAACAAUGGUUCACACCAACCGCAGUUUGAAACGGGAAGCAAACCUUACGCAAAACCAAACCAGGGGCAGCAUUCACCAGUUUUCAACCACAAACAGAAUCACUCAGUGCAGAUGCAGUCUAAGGAUAUGGCUCCACGGUUCAGCAAGAAAGGGAAACUCAAUGCGGAUGAGAUCAGUCUGAGGCCAGCACAGUCCUUCAUCUUGAAUAAAAACCAAGUGCCAAAGCUGCAGCCACAGAUGACUAUGAUUCCUCAAAUGGGUUCCCCAAUUGGACAGCUUGGCCUCAAAGCCAAUCCUCCUCCAAUUCAGGAAAAACCGGCAAAGUCCAACAAAAAAGCUCCUCCUACAAAGGAAGAGUUGCGCAAAAUGACUGAGACUUUAGUGGCGGACUACCUGAACAGCAAAAACAUCGAUGAGGCAUUGAAUGCUGCGAAGGAGAUGAAGGCUCCCAAACACUUUCUGUCUGAGAUGCUGAACAAGAUCAUGGUCUACUCCCUUGAUCGUUCAGAUGAGGAUAAGGAGCAUGCAAGCACCCUGAUCCAUUCGCUCUGCACGGAGGGCCUCGUCACUUGUGAAAACCUAAUGCAGGCCUUUCUGAGUGUCCUGGACCAGUGUCCCAAGAUUGAGGAAGAAAUCCCUUUGGUGAAGUCGUACUUGGCUCAGUUUGCAGCGCGGGCAAUCAUUGCCGACCUCAUCAGCAUUGACGAUUUUGCCCACCAGCUGGAGAAUGGUGCACAUUUCCCACUGUUCCUGCUGUGCCUGCAGCAGAUGGUCAAACUGAAGGACCGUGAAUGGCUGAGUGACCUGUUCCAGCAGAGCAAGGUCAACAUGCAGAAGAUGCUACCGGAAAUUGACCAGAACAAGGACAGGAUGUUGGAGAUUCUGGAGGGCAAAGGUCUCAGCUUUUUGUUCCCACUGAUGAAACUGGAGAAGGAGCUGCUGAAGCAAAUCAAAGUAGAUCCUUCUCCACAGUCCAUCUACAAGUGGAUCAAAGACAACAUCUCCCCUAAACUCCACACUGACAGAGGCUUUGUGAACAUCCUCAUUACCAGCUUCUUGCAGUACAUUGCUUAUGAGAUCAACCCUGAGGAUGAUGAAGAGCAGCUUGCAGCGCCCAGCAAGGAGCAGCUGGACAAGGAGAAGCAGUUGCUGCUGUCUUUCAAGCCAGUAAUGCAGAAGUUCCUACAUGAUUACAUCGACCUGCAAGUCAGUGCGCUUUAUGCCCUGCAGGUGCACUGCAAUGCCAAGGGUUUCCCCAAAGGCAUGCUGCUGCGCUACUUUGCGAACCUUUAUGACAUGGAAAUAAUUGAAGAGGAAGGCUUCCUUUCAUGGAAAGAGGAUAUCACCCAGGAGUAUCCAGGAAAAGGAAAAGCAUUAUUUCAGGUGAACCAGUGGCUGACCUGGCUGGAGACUGCAGAGGAAGAGGAGUCAGAGGAUGAAGAUUACUGAGAAACAGGCCAAAGCCAUGUGUUAUCAGGAUGCAAUGAGUGAUUUGUUUUUUCUUUUUUUUUUUUUUUUUUUGUAUUCAUGUGUCCUUUCCUUCUAACUCUAUCCUUCUCUUCUUGUAACCGCUGUUACAAUUCAUUCCACUAUGAAAUGCUUUGCCCGAUCAAGCCAGCAUCACCACAAUCUUAUUAUAUUUAUGCUUUAUUCUCAUUUUCUAUCCUGUUUGAUUUCCUACAGCGGAUGUUUUAUACACUUCAAUUAUCUUGGGUUAUGUUUCCUUUAAGAGUAGGCAGCGUUUGGCAGAAAAAAAAGCACCAGCACCAGAACUUGACCCGUUUUAUCACCUUUCUGACAUCUGGUAGGAGUCACCAAGUGCUGCCAUAACUAUUUACUUAAAAACUGUUUACAAAAGAGAAAAGACUCUAUAAUGAUGCAAAGAGACUUCUCUCCUUGUUUUAUCUACAUUUGUUAAUCAGUUUUUAAAUGCACUUUGCUGAACAUCAUGAGUCGUUGCAAUAGUAAAAUAUUCUUUCCUUGAUUCUUUGAAACAAUCUUGAGUUGCAGUUGUUGGCUGCCAUGAUUAUAAUGGUUACCUUGUGCUUGAAAAUAGGCCAUUUGUCUGAAAAAUUUUAAUCAGAUUUGAUUAUGUCCGUAGUGACCUAUUUUACUUGCACAAUGAUUUCAGUUACCCACAUUAAGUUUAGUGAAUCAAGAGCUUGUUUUUAAGUAUAAAAUGUGUAGCGCUGUUAGGAAUGAUUCUGUGUGGCCUUUUUUUUCUUUUUUUUUUUUUAUUUAUCAAUUCAUAUGGAUAUACCUCUAAUGUAUCUCGGACUAUACUUGAAUGUCUCGGUUUUUGCAUUGAGACAGCCAAAGCUUAGUUUGCUUUGCUACGGUUGUUCACCACUCGUGGAAAUUUUACGUCUGUUUGCCAUAUUUGUCAAGUUCUUAAAUGGUCUUUUUAUCUUCAUGAAAUUACAAAGAAUGUACUGUAUGUGUACAUUUAGACCUUCUUCUGGAGUGUCACUGUAAUGUUGAGUGCAAGAAGUUGAGUGUACAACUGCAGAUCAGACCUUGAAAUAAAGUUUAACAGUUCA